CACAGUAAACAGCUGAGCUAACUGACAUGGACAAAUCAACAACACUUAAAACAUAAAAACAAGGAGUAAAACCAUCUUGAAGUUGCAUUUAAAGCAUUUUUUAUUUUGUAAAGGGCUGAAAAGGAAGUGCUGUCAUAUUGAACCCUGGCGGACUUGAUGGUAGUAAAACGAGCCAAAGCAGGCAGGACUUUUAUGGGAUGGGAACAGACGAGUGUGUCCCAGUGUUUGCAGCUCCUGACAGACUCACGGAGGGAUCCGCAGAGCUCAUGCAGGGCAACGGGCAGACAAACCGCCUGGACCGAGGAGCGCUGCGGGGGUCUGGAAAAUGGGAGCGGUGAAGUGAAACACGGCUGAAAAGCGGACUGUCUGGAUGAAAGGCACCAAGAACAUAAUGGCACUCCUCCUGUGGCUUGGCCUGUCGCUGCUGGCAUGCGUCCACUCCACCGCCGUCAAGAACUGCCACCCUGGUUGCCUCUGUGAGGUGGAAAGCUUCGGCCUGUUUGACAGCUUCAGUCUGACCAGGGUGGAAUGCCGAGGGUUGGGACCCAGCUCCACCAUGCCAAUCCCCAUCCCGCUGGACACUACCCACCUAGGCCUGUCCUCCAACAUCAUGGGCCCACUCAGUGACACCAUGUUAGCUGGUCCAGGCUACACCACCCUGGUUAGCUUGGACCUCAGCAGCAAUCAUAUUACAAGGGUUAGCCCCAAUGCUUUCUCCAAGCUACGUUACUUGGAGACUCUCGAUCUGAGCCACAACAAUCUGGAGAGCCUCCCCCCGAGCUGCUUCACUGGCCUCCCUCUGGCUGAAGUUGACCUCAGCCACAACAACUUCCAGGAGUUUGACAUGGAUGUGUUUGCUGCUAAAGUUAAUGGUGAACCUGUUAGUGUGGAUCUGUCUCAUAACAAGCUUGCGUCAGUCUACAUGACUUUGCAUGGGAAAGUAUUACACAUUCAAAGCCUAAAUCUGACAGCAAACCGGAUGGUGAGCAUACCAAAGCUGGCAGGACUUCCACUGAGGUACCUCAAUCUGGAUGGUAACCCCAUCACAUGCAUCCAGGAGGGAGCCUUUGCUCAGCUGAAAGAUCUGGUUUACUUAUCCAUCAGUGGCCUCCAUGAGCUCCAGGAAAUCGAGGCACACAGCUUCAGGGGCCUUCAGAGCCUCCAAGUCCUGGAUCUCUCCAACAACCCCAAGCUCAAUACGCUAAACCCUGCGGUUUUCAGCGGACUUGACUCCCUGCAAGAGCUAAAUUUGUCCGGCUCUGGGGUAGCAUCCUUACCAAGUAACAUGCUGACACACCUGCCCAGUAUUAAGAGUAUCACACUGGGACGGAGCAUCCACUGCUGGAGGACCCAGAAACAGGGACAGUUUCACCGGCAGCUGGGGCAGGUCCAACACAACGAGGUACUGAACUGUAAUGUGGAGGGCAUUGUGUUGUGAACCUGUGCUGGAAGAAAUGGACCACUCCUUAGUCUUGAUGCCAGAGCUGUGCCUUCUCUGCUUUGAUAUGCAAAACACUUUUUUUGUGAUAACAUGAAUCAAUUACCUCUGUUCCAAGGUGAAACUUAGGAAUAUGUCUUAAUGGUUUAAUGUAGCCUUCAUGAACUCUGAUACAAGUAUGAUAAAUGGUGUACCUUUUGAAAACAUGAUGGAAAAUGUACAGUAUCCUACAGUAAAUAGCACAGAAUAGUUCCUUUCACAUAUUAACAUUUAGUCUAAACCGGUAAAGUAUCUUUCAUGAAUCCAUUAAGUUAUGUUUGUUUGUUAAAGUGGGACCAUAUUAAGAAUUAUUUGCACUUAUUCCAGUCGCAAAGAUAUUUUUAAAAAAUGCACUUACACAUGGCCAAAAUGUCAUCCAGUGUAAUACAAAAUCUUCUAUGCAUUGCUUAAAAUAUCCACACUGAAUAAUAUUUUACGACUGUUGACCACUAAGAUUUUUCAUUUGACUUUGAAUGUGAUGCUUUAUUUAAAUGAUUAAAUUAAUCGUUCGAUGUUUUGGGAAAUAUCCAUGUUUGCUGUCUAGCUGAGAGGGAGAUGAGAAGAUUGAUAAUGCGCUCAUAUUAGUCUGUUCAAUAUGAAGCUGGAGCCAGGAGACAGUUAGGUAAGCUUAGCUUAGCUUAGCUUAGUGUAAAACCAGCUAGCCUGGCUCUAUCACAACUAACAAAAUCAGUCUGCCACUACCUCACCUCUGAAGCUUAUGAAUUAACUAAUGAACUAAUUAACUGUUAAUUUAGUCAUAUUUGUUUCAUUCGAACAAAAACCAAAGAGUUGUGGUUGUACGGGAGGUUUCCUCCAGUUUCUGCCGAUUAACAUAGCAUUGUACAACCACAACCUGUCUUUAAACUUUUGUUUUUGUAGGAAUAAAAACAAAUGAGUUAAAAAGUUAUUAUUAGUGAGCUUUAGCGGUGCUCAUAGGUGGAUUUUUUCAUUGUCGGACACAGGCAGGCUAGUUUUGUCCCCCUGCUUACUGUUAUUAUGCUAAGCUAAGCUAACUGGCUGCUGGCUGUAGCUUCAUAUUUAGCCUACUGUAUAGAUGUGAGUGUGUCGAUCUCAUCUAACUCUAGUGCAGGAAAAUGUAUAAUGGUAUUUCCCAAAAUAGUGAUUUAUUCCUUUAACAUGAAGCAUAAGCUGGAAACUUACAGUAAAGACUUGUUACACAGUGUAACUAAACCUUGUUGAGUGUAAAGAUCUUUUCUUGUUACACUCACAAAAUGACCAUUUUAUUACUUGAAUUUGCCUCAACAAAUGCCAGCUCAAAUCUGAGAACAUGUUUAUUGUGUUCUUUUCAUAAUGACACUAAGUUUGGUGCACAGCCUACGCAAAUUGGGUGCAUGCAGCCCUUGACACGGCACUCUCUGACCUGUGUCAGCGAGCAGGCACAUUACACAACAGGAGUCAACAAGCCGUGACCAUGUUGACCAAGAGUUCUUUUUGACUUGCGGUUAAAUUAGUCUCCAGUUGCAUAAGACAGUCAUUUCAAAACGCAUUUGACCAAUAAAGUAGGACCACACUUCUCAUAUUUUAGUCAUAUGAAGUCAUAUUUGCCAGUAUCUGUUGAUGUUUAAACACCCAGGCUGCACUGUGCGGUCUUGUUUAACCUUAUCUUGGCAUUCCUGUGGUAUUUCUGUGGAACGAAGAAGACGAUCACCCUCAAGACUGCAUGUUAGGGUUUUUGAAUGUCAACAAUUUGGUGUUUCGGUUUUGAGAUUUUAAAGGAAAUCCACCUUAUCAGUUGGCUAAGUGAAAGUCAGAUGAGUCUUGGUGUAGAGGUUUAUAUUUGUAUGUAUGUAACUAUACUGUAUGUAACUUUAUAUAAUUAUAUAUAUGUGUGU